AUGCCCUCAGAAUCCACGCUCAAUCCUCGUACAAAAGGUUAUGAAUUCUUUGGCCCUCCUGGUGCUCUCUUUGUGACACUCUCCGUACCUAUAACAACAUAUGCACUCUACUUCAGUUGCUCGGAAGCCACUGGUGGCUGCCCGCCUGCGAUCUCUACUCCAGCUAUCCUUGAUGUUCUCGGUGACUGGUCGUGGUGGAAGAAUUUGUGGGACACUGAGGCAACUUUGAUAUAUCUUUGCUGGUAUGCGUUUUGUGUUGUAGCGUGGUAUAUCCUGCCGGGAGAUUGGGUGGAAGGAGUGCCGCUGCGAACAGGAGGAAAGAAGAAGUAUAAGAUUAAUGGCAAGUUGACUCAUUCGUGGAGAUGCAUUGACCUCAUGUUUUCUGUAGCAUUUUCUACCUUCCUCCUUGCCCUCGGUCUUACAUCAGGAUACAUUUGGCGUUACGGCAUUGAGUCCUUCACCUUCAUUUACGAUAAAUGGGUGGGAUUCGUCACGGCCGCGCUGCUCAUGAGCCUCGUACAAGGAAUUGCGUGCUACAUAGCCUCUUUCCGUGAUGGUGCCCUUCUCGCGCUUGGUGGAAACACCGGGAACAUCAUCUACGAUUUCUUCAUCGGCAGAGAAUUAAAUCCAUCCAUUGGAGCCUUUGAUGUCAAAACGUUCAACGAACUCCGUCCGGGGCUCAUCCUUUGGGUCAUAAUUGACAUUAGCAUGGCUUGUGAACAGGCCGUGCGCCGAGGUGGCAGCAUCACCGAUUCCAUGAUUUUGGUUUUCUUGUUCCACUUCUGGUAUGUUGCAGAUAGUUUGUACAAUGAGCCGGCAAUCCUUACAACUAUGGACAUCACGACGGAUGGAUUCGGCUUCAUGCUCUCUGUUGGAGACCUAGCUUGGGUUCCAUUUGUAUAUUCACUACAGGCUCGUUACUUGGUCUUUAGGCAGGUCGAGUUGGGUUCGAUGUGGACAGCCGUCGUUGUCGCGGUCAAUCUCCUUGGUUACUACAUCUUCCGAAGUGCCAACGGUGAGAAGAAUGACUUCCGCAAUGGUCGUAAUCCCAAGAGCCUCAAGUUCAUGACAACUGAGCGCGGUACGAAAUUACUGAUCUCGGGUUGGUGGGGUCUCUCGCGGCAUCCUAAUUACAUGGGUGAUCUAAUCAUGGCAUUGGCGUGGUCCCUUCCAACUGGCAUUGAAACACCCAUCACAUACUUCUAUGUGAUGUACUUCACGGUCCUACUCAUCCACAGACAGAUCCGUGAUGACGAGAACUGUGAGAAAAAGUAUGGUAAAGACUGGCACAAGUAUACUCAACUUGUCCCAUAUCGCAUCAUUCCCUAUGUCUAUUGA